GCACCCCGAACGUCUUUUACCCGGCCGACCAGUUCCUCCUAACCAUCCACAUCUCUCGGCUCCUGCACAGCCCUACCACAUGGGCGACCAACACACGUUCUCCAAAGCCGAACAUUGGGGCCAUGAUAUCAUGUGGCACCCUGACCAUUUCCAGCCAGUCCUUCUCGACAGUGACUGGGCAGUGGCCGUGAGGGACAUGAGUGGAGGUUGGGAAUAUGACGAUCGUUGGGACCGUGACACUUUCAAAUCUCGAGCCUACGAGGCGGUAUUGGAGAAAUUGGCUGAGGUCAAUCGACGACGCAAAGACGACCCUGCUCUGCGGACAUACGCGGACACGUUGUUCGAUUUAUUGCAGUCAAAUAAAUGGUUGGAAGUAUCCUCCAUGUUCUACAGCCUUCCGUUGAGCCCGUCAUUAAAUCAAGUGAGUUGGGAGUUGCCUGCGAUCACCCCGACGUCUGGAGUUGUGGUGCGCAAGUCUCGUGGAAAGGACGACGAAGGGGAUGGUCAGGGUGGCGGUCAACGCGGAACCGGGGGGGGGGCUGAACAGGGCUCGAUGAGCCAGGGGUCUGCGGGGCGCGAAGGCGGCGGAGAGGGGAAAAAAGGCAGCGGAGAGAAAAAAAAGCCUCGCAGCAGAGAGAAGACAAAGCAUCGCAGAGGAGACGGGCAGGGGUCCGACGUCGACGACGAUGAGGACGGUGCGACAUUGGCGGUAACUUGCAGCACCUCGAUGGACACGGGAAACGACUUUAGGCCUGGGUGGAUGCCGCGGGCUGGCGAGCAGGACUCUGUCAUAAGCUCCACCAGUGCGACACAUUUUAUCGAUAAGGUUGGCGUGUCAGUUGUUGUGAAGGAUGGCACCAGCCCAGCUCAGCUCCAGACUCAAUUGGCGGAUUGUCUCGGAUCAAUCCGAACCACGGUAACGACGUCGAUGUCCGGAACACAUCAGGAAGUUCGGAUUAAUCCGAACCUGGAGGCCCAUAUCGUCAAGAGAGCACAACGGUCCACGGAACCCGAAUGGACGGUCCGGGUUUCCGAACACCCUGCCGGCGAAAUUCGGAUUCUUCCGAAUCAGGAGGAUGUGUCUACAGUGCCAGUCGAUCGGUGUAAGGACGCCGUUAUGUUGUGCAUGGAAAUCCACAGGGAGCUGCAGGCAGACUGUCCGUCUUUCGUAGUCGGUGUUCGAGACAAUGCCAUGGGCUCCCUUGCGGGUGAGUUAGCACCCAAUUCCAGCGUCCACUCCCGCACACGGGGAGACGAAUGCUCGGUUACGGUGCGCGCUUCGUUGACGGUCUUGAGCGACUCUGCGGUGAAAGCGGACACGUCCGCGCCAUCGGACUCUGUCGGGGCACGGAUGAAAUCCGAUCCCGGGCGAUGCGUCGAGGGUUGUGGACAUGUCACUGCUUUCGACAAAGUGGACGGGUCCUCGCCACUGCACCCCGCCGAUGACCGGACUGAUCCCGAACCCGACAACGUGAGCAUGCCCCGUGACACUUCUGGAAAUGAGAUGCGGGCCGUCGACUUGGACCAACGACUCGAGCCGGGUUACGAGGACCCCUUGUACUCCGGCCUUUACGAUGUGGCUAUGGGAGAGGAUAUUGUGAAAACGGCCUCUGACGUUGUUGAAGAUAAAUUGUUCUACUCAAGUGACGACGACAAAAAUACAGCGCACGAGGACAACAAGUUAAGGGGGGAGGAAGUGUUGUUCCGCAUCCGUGGUACCUUGAGCACGGCACAAUACGACGCUGGGGCAAUGGAGAAAACACAACCUGUCAAUGUUGUGGACAUUGGCGCUCUUAGUCCGGAGAAGAGCGGAAUGAAUUUGUCCGUCGCGGACGUGGAGGAUUUGCGCCAUCGGGAGGAAUUUAUGCCGUCGCUGAUCGUCGAUGCCGACAUCUCCAACCUAUCAAGUUUUUCAAGUGGUUUGGAGCACAUCAUCACGACGUCGACGCGCAGAGGUUCGGCAAUCGUGCUGGGACUACCAUCGGUGGACUCCGCUGACGUGGAAGCUAAGCCUGGUAAGCACUGGAUUUCUCAGCUUGCUUCCCGCUCGUAAUCAUGACUUCGUGAAGUGUUGUUUGCUUUGUUGCUUCAGGGGAGUUGUAUUGACAGCCGCCAACUAAA